GACUAGACAUUCGGUCAUAGGAGCGGUGGAGGGGGGCGCUCGAGCCACGUCGGUGAAACAAAUCAACGCUUGAAGGCGGAUUACAAAGAGGCUGAGGAGACUAAUUGCGACAACCGCAGCUUCUUCUUUUCUUUCCCACAAAUAUCAGGUCGGGAGCGCAGAGAUUCGGCCCAGGCUGCCUGUCCUGUUGAUGCCGGAGAUCCAGGGCGAUGUCAACACCUGAUCCUCCCAUGGGGGGUACCCCCCGUCCGGGUCCAUCACCCGGUCCUGGCCCCUCCCCCAAUGCUAUGCUGGGCCCCAGCCCCGGUCCUUCCCCUGGCUCCUCUCACAGCAUGAUGGGGCCCAGCCCCGGUCCUCCUUCCUCUGGACACUCCCAGCCAGUACCCUCUGGAUAUGGCCCCGAAAAUAUGCACCCAUUGCACAAACCCAUGGAGGGCAUGCAUGAGAAGAGCUUGUGUGAUGACAGUCGCUUCAGUCAGAUGAAGGGGCUUUCGAUGAGACAGGGCGGUCACAGUGGCAUGGGCCCUCCACCCAGCCCUCUGGACCAACACUCACAAGGCUACCACUCUCCACUUGGUGGCUCUGACCACUCCAGCCCUGUCGCUUCAAAUGGCCCCCCAUCCGGUCCUCUGAUGCCAUCAACCUCCUCCUCAUCGUCUUCUGCAGGUUCUGGUUCUGCUUCAGCCUCUCUUGAUGGCCCUAAUGUAGACCAACAUUCCUUGGGGCCUAAUAACCGGUCCGGACCUCCAGGGAAUUCUGGACCUGGCCCUAGCCCUGGGCCUAGCCUUGGCUCCAGCGUUCCCAGCCUCGGUUCUGGCCUUGAUGGUAGUGGCCCUGGAGGUCCUGGUGGGCCGACUCCCUUUAACCAAAACCAGCUCCACCAACUCAGAGCCCAGAUCAUGGCGUAUAAGAUGCUCGCCCGCGGACAGCCCCUCCCGGAUCAUCUCCAAAUGGCUGUUCAAGGAAAGAGGCCGAUGCCAGGGAUGCAGCAGCAGCAGCCCAUGUCCAGUCUGGUUUCUGGAGCUAGUGCAGGACCAGGAGGUGGUCCAACAGGACCAGGAUCAGGGCCUGGACCUAUGGGCUCAAGCUACACCCGGCCUCAUGGCAUGAUGGGUCCCAACAUGCCUCCCCCUGGCCCUUCAGGGACCCCAGUUGGCAUGCAAGGACCGAAUCCCAACGGACCCUCCAAGUCAUGGCCUGAAGGCCCCAUGGUGAACGCAGCGGCCCCCUCCAACGCACCCCAAAAACUGAUCCCCCCUCAGCCCACAGGCAGGCCUUCUCCUGCUCCUCCAUCGGUUCCCCCGGCUGCUUCCCCUGUGAUGCCCCCACAGACCCAGUCCCCUGGUCAGCCUGCUCAGCCUCCUCCCAUGAUGCCUUACCACGCCAAGCAGAACCGCAUUACCCCCAUCCAGAAACCCUGCGGUCUCGACCCCGUGGAGAUUCUGCAAGAGAGGGAGUACAGGUUACAGGCUCGUAUUGCUCAUCGCAUUGCUGAAUUGGAGAACCUGCCUGGUUCUUUGGCUGGUGAUUUACGUACCAAAGCUACAAUAGAGCUCAAAGCUCUUCGUUUGCUGAACUUCCAGAGACAGCUGCGUCAAGAAGUAGUGGUGUGCAUGCGACGCGACACGGCUCUCGAGACUGCCCUGGACGCCAAAGCCUACAAGCGGAGCAAGCGCCAGUCUCUGCGGGAAGCCCGUAUCACGGAGAAACUGGAGAAACAGCAAAAGAUUGAGCAAGAGCGCAAACGCAGACAAAAACAUCAGGAGUACCUCAACAGCAUUCUCCAGCAUGCCAAAGACUUCAAAGAGUAUCACCGCUCGGUCACGGGAAAGAUUCAGAAGCUGACCAAAGCUGUGUCCACCUACCACGCCAACACUGAGCGUGAGCAGAAGAAGGAGAAUGAGCGCAUUGAGAAAGAACGGAUGAGGAGGCUUAUGGCUGAAGAUGAAGAGGGCUACCGUAAACUGAUUGACCAGAAGAAGGAUAAGCGCCUGGCCUACUUGCUGCAGCAAACUGACGAGUAUGUCGCCAACCUCACUGAGCUGGUACGAGCCCACAAAGCUGCGCAGGCCCUCAAGGAGAAGAAAAAGAAGAAAAAGAAAAAGAAGAAGUUAGAGAACGCAGAGGGUCAGACUCCUGCUCUUGGGCCGGAUGGAGAGCCUCUGGACGAAACGAGCCAGAUGAGUGACCUGCCUGUAAAGGUCAUCCAUGUGGACAGCGGCAAUAUCUUGACAGGUGUGGAUGCUCCGAAGGCUGGACAGUUGGAAACAUGGUUGGAGAUGAACCCUGGUUACGAGGUCGCUCCCCGCUCAGACAGUGAAGACAGUGAGGAGGAGGAAGAAGAAGAGGAAGAAGAAGAGGAGCCUCAACCGUCAGCAACUCCAGUGGAAGAAAAGAAGAAGAUUACAGACCCGGACAGCGAAGACGUGUCAGAAGUGGAUGUCCGACAUAUCAUUGAAAAUGCUAAGCAGGAUGUGGACGACGAGUACAGCGGUGCAGCGUUCGCUCGAGGACUCCAGUCGUAUUAUUCUGUGGCCCAUGCCGUCACAGAGAAGGUGGACAAACAGUCUACUUUACUGAUAAAUGGACAGCUUAAACAAUAUCAGAUUAAAGGUCUGGAGUGGUUAGUUUCUCUUUACAAUAAUAAUCUGAAUGGGAUCCUGGCUGAUGAGAUGGGUUUGGGAAAAACCAUCCAGACGAUCGCUCUUAUCACCUACCUCAUGGAGCACAAGCGGCUCAACGGACCCUACCUCAUUAUUGUACCCCUCUCGACUUUGUCCAACUGGGUGUACGAGUUUGACAAGUGGGCACCAUCGGUCGUUAAAGUGUCCUACAAAGGGUCUCCUGCUGCUAGAAGAGCCUUUGUGCCCCAGCUGCGUAGCGGCAAGUUUAAUGUUUUACUCACCACUUACGAGUACAUCAUCAAGGACAAACAAGUGCUGGCCAAGAUCCGAUGGAAGUACAUGAUUGUGGACGAAGGCCACCGCAUGAAGAACCACCACUGCAAGCUGACCCAGGUCCUAAACACCCACUACCUGGCUCCAAGGCGAGUGCUGCUGACCGGGACGCCGUUGCAGAACAAACUACCUGAACUGUGGGCGCUCCUCAACUUCCUGCUGCCCACCAUUUUCAAGAGCUGCAGCACAUUCGAGCAGUGGUUCAACGCACCAUUUGCAAUGACUGGAGAGAAGGUGGAUCUUAAUGAAGAGGAGACAAUCUUGAUUAUUCGUCGCCUGCACAAAGUGCUGCGCCCCUUCCUGUUGCGAAGGUUAAAGAAAGAAGUGGAGGCUCAGCUUCCAGAAAAGGUGGAAUAUGUCAUCAAGUGUGACAUGUCGGCUCUUCAGAGGGUCCUGUACCGGCACAUGCAGGCCAAAGGGGUCCUGCUGACUGACGGAUCCGAGAAAGACAAGAAGGGUAAAGGAGGCACAAAAACUCUGAUGAACACCAUCAUGCAGCUGAGGAAGAUCUGCAAUCAUCCAUAUAUGUUCCAGCAAAUUGAGGAAUCUUUCUCUGAGCAUUUAGGAUUCUCUGGUGGAAUAGUCCAGGGUCCUGACCUUUAUCGAGCUUCAGGGAAGUUUGAGGUGCUGGAUCGGAUCCUGCCAAAGCUGAGGGCCACAAACCACAAAGUGCUGCUCUUCUGCCAGAUGACCUCCCUCAUGACCAUCAUGGAGGAUUACUUCGCCUACCGCAGCUUCAAGUAUCUGCGUCUGGACGGCACAACAAAGGCUGAAGACCGAGGAAUGCUGCUGAAGACAUUUAAUGAACCGGGGUCAGAGUACUUUAUUUUUCUGCUGAGCACCAGAGCCGGAGGUCUCGGCCUCAACCUGCAGUCUGCAGACACUGUGAUUAUUUUUGACUCUGAUUGGAACCCACAUCAGGACUUGCAGGCUCAAGACAGAGCCCAUCGCAUUGGCCAGCAGAACGAGGUGCGAGUGCUGCGCCUCUGCACCGUCAACAGCGUGGAAGAGAAAAUUCUGGCAGCCGCUAAGUAUAAAUUGAAUGUCGACCAGAAAGUCAUCCAAGCCGGCAUGUUCGAUCAGAAAUCCUCCAGCCACGAGCGCCGGGCCUUCCUGCAGGCCAUCCUGGAGCACGAGGAGCAAGACGAGGUCUGGGGUCAAGAGCUCGUGAAUGUGUGUGCCUGCACCGGCAACACCUCAUUUACACCCCCAGCUCCUGUUGCUGCUCUUUUUCCAACGCGUGUCUGCUGCUGCUUUCAGGAGGAGGACGAGGUGCCGGACGACGAGACCGUCAACCAAAUGAUCGCCAGAAGCGAGGAGGAGUUUGAGCAGUUCAUGCGCAUGGACCUGGACAGGCGUCGCGAGGACGCUCGCAAUCCUCGGCGAAAACCUCGUCUGAUGGAAGAGGACGAGCUUCCCACCUGGAUCAUGAAGGACGAUGCUGAAGUGGAGCGUCUGACCUGCGAGGAGGAGGAGGAAAAAAUGUUUGGGCGAGGUUCCCGACAGCGCAAGGAGGUGGACUACAGCGACUCACUGACAGAGAAACAGUGGCUCAAGGCAAUUGAGGAAGGCACACUCGAAGAGAUGGAGGAAGAAGUGCGUCACAAAAAGACAACCCGAAAGAGGAAGAGGGACCGUGAUCUGGAUCUCCCAGGACCUUCGUCUUCCUCUGGGAGCCGGGGACGCGGCGACAGGGAUGAUGAUGGGAAGAGGCAACGGAAGAGGGGAAGACCGCCGGCUGAGAAACUCUCCCCCAAUCCUCCGGGCCUCACAAAGAAAAUGAGGAAAAUAGUGGAUGCCGUCAUCAAAUAUAAAGACAGCACCAGCGGGCGUCAGCUCAGCGAGGUUUUCAUCCAGCUGCCGUCUCGAAAGGAGCUGCCCGAGUACUACGAGCUGAUCCGCAAGCCAGUGGACUUCAGAAAGAUCAAGGAGAGGAUUCGAAGCCACCGCUACCGCAGCCUGGGUGACCUGGAGAGAGACGUCAUGCUGCUCUUCCAAAAUGCUCAGACCUUCAACCUGGAGGGUUCCCUGAUAUACGAAGACUCCAUCGUGCUGCAGUCGGUGUUCACCAGCUUGAGGCAGAAGAUCGAGAAGGAAGAGGAAAGCGAGGGAGAGGAGAGCGAUGAGGAGGAGGAGGAGCAGGAGGACGGAUCGGAGUCAGAAUCUCGCUCAGUCAAAGUGAAAAUCCGCCUGAGUCGGAAGGACAAAGGUGGAGAUCGAGGAAAGGGGCGCAGCAGGCGAACAGGACGCACCCGGGCCAAACCGGUCGUCAGUGACGACGACUCCGAGGAUGAACAGGAGGAGGAGCGCUCAGCCAGCGGCACUGAUGAAGAGGCUUGAACUAUACCAGGAGCUUAAAGAGAGGGAGGCACCAAUGGAUUUUCCAACAAGUCAAAAAAACACAUAACCAUAUGAAGAAGCCACAGUCAGCUCCAUCAGUCAAACGACACCUGAAAGAAAGGGCAAUAGACGAGGUAGGGCAAUAGACGAGGUUCAAGUUAAGAAUAGUUUCUGAGCUGAAAACGCCUGAAAAUAAAUUAAUCUGUGAUCGCAGUUGCAGAAUAUGACUGUGAGAAAUUAGAAAAAAUGCAACUUUUAAUUUGAAAACAUUUAUUGGGGUGAGUCUCGUGUUAAGAAAUAAUUGUUUUUAGGUCCCCAGGGUAUAAAAAUAGCAUUAAACCGAGGUAUUUUUACAUCAGCGACUCUUGAUAAAAAGGAAACAUUAAGAAUGAUGCUGUGCAGUCACACUUGUUUCUUCAAAAGAGAUGAAAAUGACUAGAAAAGAAAAUAAGCGCUCAGCUCAAAUCUUCCCAUAUCUGCAAUCAGGGUCGUAGUGAAAAAAUUUUAAACAGCAGUGAUGAGGACCAGUGUUUAUGUUGCCAAGAGACGGACGUUAGAGGAGGGAGUGAAGAAAGGUCCCAACUCAGAGGUAGAAAACUGCAGGUUGAAAAAUUGCAACUGCAAUAAGAGAUAUUGUAUAUUAGAUUACAUUUCUUUAAAUCAGUCACAGUCUGCAUGGCUGAGGCUAAACACAUUAUGCAGGAGGGCUUAAUAUAAUACUGAUAUUUUAGACAGAUUCUAUGAAGUUCUUCACAAUCAUCAAGCAGGAUAAAAGCAGAAUAACCAUGUCCAAACGGUGGAUUUUUGGCAAAAAGUUUGAAGCUUAGAAGCUGCUGUUUCCCUCGGCAGAAGGAUGCAGCCGCCAGCCUGGUUCAUCCGGUGACGGCCAGUGAGUUGAGUUAAACAUGAUGGUGAAAGCAAACAUGGUGCCAACUGCACACAGCAGUGCUGUGGUAGAGGAAGCGAUGUGCAACUGCUAAAAUUUAUUAUAAGCUAUAAAAAAUACUGACAUCAUGUUUUUGUUUUUUUUUAUAUCCUAAGGAUAUUGUGGUCUGGUAUUAUCUUUAUCAUGUUAGCAGGAUGUGAUCUUAAUUGUUUUGGUGUUUUUUUUUGUUUGUUUUAUGCUUGUCAUCCUUUACUUGUAGGUAUUUCUGACCUUAAUUAUAGGAAUAUUUAAAUAUGGAUCAUAUUUAAUACAAAUUAAAAAAAAAACUGUGAAAACACAAAUUUAUUUUACUUCUAAUCUUUGUAAUUGAUAUCAUGUGAUUGUGCACACUUCUAAUGUUAAUUCAACGAUAGUUAUUGAGUUUUUGCUGCUUUUCCACAAACACAGAUCUUUUUCUUUAUUGCUCACUGCAGACUGAGAUUCUUGCUGCCCGUUUUUUAUUUAUUGAGGUAAAUACAGCAUCGUCAUUCUGGGUGAUGCAAUGUUCAUAAUUGAUUUGUUAAGCUUUUAAAGCAGAAUUGAAAAGUUUAGUUAAAAUUCUGUUUACCCAGAUCAGGAAAGAUUGUUGAAGUGUUAGAUUUUCCUUUUUCCUCAAACCAACAUUUAAGGUUUUCCGAUUAUUUUUUUUUUUUGAARAAUUUYUAAAAAAAAAAAAAAAAAAAAAAAAAAMGACUUCCACACUUCCAUGAGGAAUUAAACCUGUUGAGAAUUGGAGUAAAAUCAAGUCAACAACAAUGAAUGUAAGCAGAAAAUGAGUGCAGAUAAAACGAGCGCAUCUGAACAACCCAGCCUGGAGAACAUAAGCAAACCUGUCCCUCGAAUCAGUCUUCAGCCGUGUGUUUGGCCCCCGUGUUUGGCCCCUCCAGAGCCACCGGGAUCAGCAGGUCGUGUGUAAAUCAGGUGUUUGUCGCCGUCGGAUCUGGAAAUGAUGGGCGCGAUGUGUUUGACAAACCCACCAGGGUUAUUAGACUGAGGCUUAGUGGAGCUGAGGUUACAGCAUAAAAAACAAACCCAGCUGCUGCUUCACAGAUACCUAUUAAUGGUAGACUUGAAUAAUUUUUAGUUUGUAUGAGUACUGUAGCUUUAAUUGUUUCUUCUUCUUCUUCAGUUGUUGCGUAGUGAUUUUAGGAUUUCAGAGCUGUUUGGGGGGAGGGUUUGCACUUUUUUUUUUCUCUCUCUUUUUUCAAGACAAAGGACCAGGGGGACAGUGGCUCCUCUCUGCUUGUGGCUGCCUCAUUCGAGGCUGUAUGGUGUUGGAUAUACUGUGAAGACUAUUUAUAGAGUAUAAUGUCAGUGCACGUAUGUACAGCUUGCAACUCAUGUACUGUAACUUUUUCCUCAUCCCCGUAGGUAACCAGAGUGAACCAAAGCAUCACUGUUUCCUCCACUGAGUUAACAUGUGUCUGUGCUGUGCUGUAUCGCUGUUGCUCAUACUUAUAUAAAACAAUAAACUGUUGACAUUGUG